GUAACUAUAUAAUUAUCAUUACAGUAAAAUAAUUAAUUAGUAUGGCUUAUAUUAUAUUAGUUACUUUAAUUAGUUUGGGAUCGUUGGUUUCUUCCGAAUACCUUUCGUUUUCUACUGAUCCUCGGAUAAUUGGUGGUGAAGAUGCUCCCGAGGGUUCUGCACCAUAUCAGGUUUCAUUAAGAAAUUCUGACUUGCAGCAUUUUUGUGGUGGUUCCAUCCUAAACAAACGAUGGAUUUUAACAGCAGCACAUUGUCUCGAACCUGGUUUUUUAAAUUCUGUAUACAUGGGUUCGAAUUUGUUGGAUCGAAAAGGCAGAUAUUACGAUGUAGAAAGAUUUGUGAUGCACCAUAAUUAUACUGGAAAGAUAGUUGCCAAUGUCGCUGAUAUAGGUCUAAUAAAACUAGCAGAAGAUAUAAAAUUCAGUGACAAGGUACAACCUGUAAAAAUUCAUCAAACUCAAAUCAAGGGCGGAGAGAUUUGCAAAGCUACUGGAUGGGGCAGGUUGGGUGCUGAUCAGCCUGUACCAAAUAAAUUACAACAAUUGGAGACAAUUGCUAUUAGUGAUGAGAAAUGUUAUGCAGAUACAGGGUUUUUAGAACCUACAUCUCAAAUAUGUGUAUUCAGUGCAUUUGGAAAAGGAGUUUGUUUUGGAGAUUCUGGUGGUCCAUUAGUUUACAAAGGUGAACAAGUAGGAGUUGCAUCAUUCAUCAUGAUCACUUGUGGUGGUGGCAGACCAGAUGUAUUUGUUAGAGUACUCGAUUAUCAGGAUUGGAUAAAUUCAUUUAUUUCUGGAGAUAACUAUUUCUUCAAAACACAUCAAUUUUUCAAUCGAUCCAAGAAUCGUUGGUGGCGAAGAUGCUCCAGAAGGUUCGGCUCCAUACCAAGUUUCAUUGAGGUAUAUUACUAUGGACCAUUUAUGUGGUGGUUCCAUCAUGAACAAAAGAUGGAUUUUAACAGCGGCACAUUGUCUUCAACCAUGAGAUUAACAUUUUACAGCGGUGAUUUGGAUGUUGUAUAUAUGGGUUCAAAUUUGCUGGAUCGAAAAGGCAGAUAUUACGAUGUGGAACGAUAUGUGAUACAUCAAAAUUAUACGGGAGAACAGGGUACUUUUUAUGCUGAUUUAGGGUUAAUUAAAUUAGCAGAAGACAUAGAGUUUAGUGAUAAGGUGCAAGCUGUAAACAUUCACCAAAGUGAAAUCCAAGGUGGUGAGGAAUGCAAAGCAACUGGAUGGGGUCGAUUGGGUGCCAGUCAACCAAUACCAAAUGCGUUGCAACAGUUGGCAACCACUGCUUUAAGUAAUGAGAAGUGUAAAGAAGUUACUGGAUUCUUCGAGCCCACAUCGCAAAUAUGUGUAUUCAAAGGAUCUGGAAAAGGAGUUUGUUUUGGCGAUUCUGGUGGACCUUUAGUUUACAAUGGAGAACAAGUUGGAGUUGCAUCAUUUAUAUUGGGUUUCUACUUAGCUUCAACAAAUGGAUUUACUCUUACAAACGGUUCACGAGUAAUUGGAGGUACUGAUGCAAAAAAUGUAGUUCCUUAUCAAGUAUCCCUUAGAGAUGAUGAAUUAAAACAUUUUUGUGGUGGAUCAAUUUUAAAUAAAAGAUGGAUCGUUACUGCUGCUCAUUGUCUUUCAGAUGAUCGUUUGGAUGCUGUUUACGUCGGAUCCAUUUACCUAAAUAGACAAGGCCGUUAUUAUGAUAUAAAAAGGUACAUUAUCCACGAAAAAUACAACGACAAAUCUCUUCAUUCCGACAUAGGUCUCAUAGAAGUUGAACGUGAUAUCAUUUUUGGAAAAUCGGUUCAGCCAAUAAAAUUACAUCAAGGUUACAUCAAUGGUGGUGAACAACUUUUAGCAACAGGUUGGGGACUUACGAGUAAUGAUGAUGACAGAAUACCGCCAAAUAAUCUUCAGAAAAUAGACUUAAAAGCUUUGAGUACUGAAGAGUGUAAAAAACAAGGCGUGAUUGCCUCAACUCAUUUGUGCACCUUUGUUGGAAUCGAUGAGGGAGUUUGUAAUGGAGAUUCAGGUGGACCUUUGGUCCUCAAUGGUGAAUUGGUUGGAAUAACAUCUUUUGCCUUAGGAUUUGAAUGUGCACAGGGACGACCUGAUUACUUUACAAGAGUUUCACUUUUCAAGGAAUGGAUCGAGAGUCGUAUCAAAUCUGAUGUAUAA